GAGCCCGACAACCAAUUUCCUGGAAUCGACUCCAAUCCAGAUCCGCCGCCCACAUCGCGAGAUCCAGGCGUGUCCUUCCACGACAGCACGUCUCCCAUCCCACCGGCCACCCCGAGUCCUCCCUCUCUUCCUCCCCUCGCCCUCGCCCACGUCCACGUCGUUCUCGCGCUGCCGCGGAGUGGAGAUCCCAUCCACCGGGGCGGCCUUGGAUCGAUCUCUUCUUCUCCCCGCGGUGGUUGCUGCUGCUCUAGGUCGCCGGCAGUAUGGGCGUGCCGAAGGAUGGCGCCGAGCUGGAGGAGGGAACCUUGGAGAUUGGCAUGGAGUAUAGGACUGUCUCUGGUGUGGCAGGACCACUGGUUAUCUUGGAGAAAGUAAAGGGCCCUAAGUAUCAGGAGAUUGUGAACAUUCGUUUGGGAGAUGGCACCACUCGUCGUGGUCAAGUCCUGGAAGUCGAUGGCGAAAAGGCUGUUGUGCAGGUCUUUGAAGGUACCUCAGGAAUAGACAACAAGUAUACUACUGUGCAGUUUACUGGCGAGGUCUUGAAAACUCCUGUCUCACUUGAUAUGCUUGGACGCAUCUUUAAUGGUUCUGGGAAACCUAUUGAUAAUGGCCCCCCAAUAUUGCCUGAGGCUUACUUGGAUAUUUCUGGAAGUUCUAUCAACCCCAGUGAGAGAACCUAUCCAGAAGAGAUGAUUCAAACAGGAAUAUCCACCAUUGAUGUGAUGAACUCAAUUGCGCGAGGGCAAAAAAUUCCUCUCUUUUCUGCUGCUGGGCUUCCUCACAAUGAAAUUGCUGCUCAGAUAUGUCGUCAGGCUGGUCUUGUUAAAAGGCUGGAGAGUUCUGGCAAGCACAAGGAGGGUGGUGAUGAAGACAACUUUGCCAUUGUGUUUGCUGCUAUGGGAGUAAACAUGGAAACAGCCCAAUUUUUCAAACGUGACUUUGAAGAAAAUGGUUCUAUGGAAAGGGUCACCCUUUUUCUGAAUCUGGCAAAUGAUCCUACAAUUGAACGUAUCAUCACACCUCGAAUUGCUCUUACAACAGCAGAAUAUCUGGCAUACGAAUGUGGGAAGCAUGUCCUUGUCAUUCUGACAGAUAUGAGCUCUUAUGCAGAUGCUCUUCGUGAGGUCUCAGCAGCACGAGAAGAGGUACCUGGUAGGCGUGGUUAUCCUGGGUACAUGUAUACUGAUCUGGCAACCAUAUAUGAACGAGCUGGGCGUAUUGAAGGAAGAAAAGGCUCAAUUACUCAAAUUCCUAUUCUGACUAUGCCUAAUGAUGAUAUUACGCAUCCGACUCCGGAUCUUACUGGAUACAUUACUGAAGGGCAGAUAUACAUUGAUAGACAGCUCCAUAAUAGACAGAUAUACCCACCCAUCAAUGUUCUGCCAUCUCUCUCACGAUUGAUGAAGAGUGCUAUUGGUGAGGGUAUGACACGCCGAGAUCAUUCAGAUGUGUCCAAUCAGCUUUAUGCCAACUAUGCAAUUGGCAAGGAUGUGCAAGCUAUGAAAGCAGUUGUUGGAGAGGAGGCUCUUUCAUCCGAGGAUCUGCUCUAUCUAGAAUUCCUUGACAAGUUUGAGAGGAAGUUUGUAGCACAAGGCGCAUACGACACCCGAAACAUUUUCCAGUCACUUGACCUGGCAUGGUCUUUGCUUCGCAUAUUCCCUCGGGAACUUCUCCACCGUAUUCCUGCAAAGACCUUGGAUCAAUACUACAGCAGGGAUGCCACCCAUUGAUAUCUUUGUCCAGAACAAGAAAACACAUUUUUCCGAAUCACGGCUUGAAUAAAGAGGAGAGUUCAAAGACUUUGUAUCUUUUUUUGGUUCUAUAUAUAGCUAUCCUAUUCUUUCAGUCUCUGUGCGCAAGUUACCAUUGACAGUGCCUUGUGCACAGGUGGCUCUUGUAAUAUUAUGCCAUGUAUACUUGAAUCCUAUGCUGGAGCUCAUUAGUUGGAUGGAACUGCGUAGAGCACUGUAAAGCCAUAUUGGCUGAAAUGCUCAAUUGUGGUUAUUAUAUUUGUUUCUCACUUUGUAAAUGAAUCAAAUAAUGUCUACGUGAUAUUCCUCUCCUGAUGUAACGAAGCUGAAGUUAUGUUGAUCCU